AAAUCUCAAAAUUGAGGAGGACAGCAUUUUAGUUACGAUUGAUGUCACCUCACUCUAUACUAACAUUCCACUAGAUGAGGCUCGUACCAUCAUAGAGAAUAUCCUUCGUAGGAGAACAAAAUUGCAACCACCUACACAUUUCUUGAUGGACCUGUUAGAUAUAGUACUGGAGAAAAAUUAUUUCCGUUUUCAAAACCAAUUUUACUUUCAGACCUUCGGUGUCGCUAUGGGAAGUCCGUUAGCCCCAUCGAUUGCCAAUCUAUUCAUGGCACAUUUAGAAAACACUAUAUUGCUUAAUCCAUCUUUAAAUAUGUACUAUGCUAAUAUAAUAUACUAUGGCCGAUUUAUUGAUGAUAUAUUCAUAGUAUUUAAAACAACUGAGGCCGCAGUAGGAUUCUCGAAUUGGAUUAACACUAUACAUACGUCUAUUAAGUUUACCAGUCAUCUCAACCUGUCACAUAUCAAUUUUUUAGAUGUUACUGUGUAUAAAUAUCAUAACAAACUGUUGGUCAAGAACUUCAGAAAACCAUCAGAUAAAAAUUCUUUUCUUCAUUAUAACAGCUUCCACCACUUUGGUUUAAAGACCAAUCUUCCAUUUUCACAACUACUUAGACUAAAGCGUAACUCAAGCUCUAAUGAACACUUCAUUCAUGAAAGCCUGACCUUAAGCCAGGAGUUUAGAAGUAGAGGCUAUCCUAAACGUGUCAUCAAAAAGGCAUUAAUUAAAGCUGAAAAAACUGAUAGAACCACCCUACUGAAAGAAUCUGCUAAACCAACUAAAAAUCAAAUUAUCUGGACACAAGAAUUAUCGCAUUACUCCAAACACAUAAUCCAAAUUAUAAAAAAGCACUGGCAUCUUCUUCAAGAUAUUUCAGGUUGUGAUAAAUUACCUAUUUUUGGAAACAGGCGUACUAAAAAUAUUAGAGAAUAUUUAAUCCAUACAGAUUUAAUCACUCCCAUUAGUACACCGAAGAGCACCCUGAGAGGCCAUUAUCCUUGUGGUCACUGUAAGUGUUGUCCUCAAUCUUGGAAGACUAAGGAGAUAUAUAAUCAUAGGAACAAAGUGGGCACCACACUAAAACAUUUUUCUACUUGUAAUAGCAGCAAUGUAAUCUACCUCUUGACAUGUGACUGUGAUCUCUGGUAUAUCGGAAAAACAACCAGAUCCUUGAGAAUCAGAAUCUCUGAACAUAAAUCCAGAAUCAAAAAUUUAUCUACAGAAUCUCUUUUAUAUUCACACUUCACCCAAUACAAACAUUCAUCUACCUCAUUUAAAUUUUGUGCUCUGGAAUGCAUCUCUCAAAAACCUUGCAUGGACUUGGAAAAACUAUUAUCCCAAAGGGAAAUGUACUGGAUCUUUAAGUUUAAAACCUUUUCCCCUCAGGGACUUAAUGAAUCACUUAAUUUUAGCUGUUUCCUUUAAACCUUCAAGUACUCUUUAAAAACCUUUGAAUGAACCUCCAGAAUUACUCGCAGUUGAAAUCACCACAAGCAGAGUCACUCAGUGAAAGCAUUUAGCACUAUAUAGAAAUUCAUUGUUGCUGAGUUUAACAACUCCUGAAGAAGGGGUUUUUCCCUGAAACAGGGUCAAAAAUACCCGGGACCCCUGUAGACUUGGGACUUUAUUUGGACUUUACUUUUGAAGACUUUUUUGAGAGCGGUGCUCCAUCAUUAUUUUCUUCAAUCCAGUAUACAGCAACACGACCAACCAUCUGUUUGGAAGAUAUUUUCAUUGACCGUAUCCCUGAAGCCUAUAUAUAUUGGACCCAAUACCAGACUUGAACAACUUUUGUGUUAGAGCUGUUGCUCCUUUUCAUUUUGUUGGGUACGGCCAAAUUGAGCUUUGUACGGGGAACUGUAACAAUAUAUGUCAUUUGGACACAUUUUCUUUGUACAUAGACAAUCGUUUGUGUGUAUAGAUACUUUACAAGUAUUCUGGGACUUUGUAUAGUAAAUUGGCUCAUUUUAUCACCAUCUAGAUACAAAAUAAGUUUUCUAAACCCUAGUCUUUCUGAAAAAAGUAUGGAAGAAGAAGCCUAUAUAGGAAACUAGCUGAAAUUACCCUUUUCUUUGGCAGAAGAAUCAGCUGAAUUGCAUUCCCUAUCCCAACCAGAAGGGCAUAUCUGGAUCCAACUCUUCAUAAAUAACAGGCCAAAGUUCCUUCCUAACUCCUUGUAAGGACCUCUUCACAUCUAUUACUCCAGAUGCACACAAAAUCAGAGCCUUACCAUUUAUCCAUUAACUUAAUGACUUAAUUCUUUACAUCAAAUUGAAUGGAAUAUGAAACUAAACAAACAG